UCUUAUCCACCAAAACAUAGUGUUAAUCAUGGCAUCCACUGAUAAGCCAACUGACCCUGAAGUCCCUCCUCCUCCUCCUCCUCCACGACCAGCGCCUUCUCCUUGCUGGACGGACUGCUUUGCGUUGGAUGUGGCUUUAAGGGUGCUACUGUUGGCCGCAGCAAUAACUGCUGUUGUGGUGAUGGUUACUAGCCAGCAGACUAAGCCAUCUUCUGUCCCAAGUGCGAUUAAUUCGCUCGUUCGUUCUCCAGUCAAGUUUAAUCACUCACCUGCCUUCAUAUACUUUGUAGCAGCAUUAUCAGUUGCUGGUCUAUACAGCAUCAUCACGAUCAUUGCUUCCAUUUCUGUUAUAUUGAAGCCAGAAUUUUCCAAGAAAUUCUUGCUCCAUUUUGCUUUCUGGGAUUUGCUGAUUUUGGGGGUUGUAGCGUCCGCCGUAGGAGCAGCAGGGGCAAUCGCCUACACUGAGUUAAAGGGUAACAGGCACGUAGACUGGACUAAGGUGUGCUACGUUUAUGACAGGCACUGCAAGCAUCUAGCCGCCUCUCUUGCGGUUGCAUUGUUUGCUGCAGUUUUGCUGGCGCUGCUAGCCAUCCUCUCUAUCUUAUCCCUCCACAAGAGGAUCCGGGAUUAGAGAGUGAUCAUGCAAAGCUUCAGCUACAAUUUCCAAUGAAUUCUGUGGUGUGUGAUUGUGUUGAAGUGGUGUUGUGUUUGUGUAUAUCUACAGGGAUUUGACUUUAAACAUUAUCUACUUGUGUAUCAUUUUGUGAUGUAUCAUCUGUAUCUAAUUAUGCAAGUACCAAUUUAAUUAUUUAAUCUACUGACUUGGAGGGAUGUUGCAAUAUGCUGCUACUUUGGUGAGAAAAAAAAAAAAAAAUCUAG